GUUUACAUUAAAUGGCUGCACUUAUGUUGUGUACUGAGCUUGUAGCUCAACGUAAAUAGCAACAUCUGAAACACAUCCGUAUUUUCCGCGAAUUGUCAUUGGAUGCAGAUUUCGAAAAAAACUCUGUAAAGCUUGUCGUUAUUCAUCUACACUGGAAAGGUAAAUAAAUAUUUAUUUAGGAAUUAAACAUUUUCUUAACUUCAAAGUCAAAUUAGAUAUUUAUAAUUAUCGCGAGUGAUUUUCAAUCAUCAUGUCUCAACAUGAAAUAAUUUCUUGAGUCUUAAGUGUGCUGGCCUUAUUUUAGGUUAUUUGAUUGUAUUUUUCAAACUAGAAAGGUUGAACAAGUCUUUGAACACUUCUUUUUUUUAAACUAUUAGUCUAUUGUGACCUAUUUUUUUCAAAAAUAAAGUUGAUUAUGAGUUUGAGUUUGGUUUGAAAAAUUUAAAAAAUAAUAUUUAAAUAAAGGCAUGGCAUAGUCAUGAGUCAUGGCAUAUCCCCAUUAACAUUGUUCAUGAUUUUUCUUUUAAUUUUAGUCCAGACAUCAAGUCAAUUUUUUUAACAUUGAGUUUUCCUCCAAAUUUUGUCAUCCAUUUAUCAGCUGAUCACCUGCACCCAUAUUUCUCAAUAAUAAAAAAAAUGUCAUUGAGUCAUUGAAAUUGGCCUAUGCCAAUGUAGGCACUUGGAUACAAAAUUUAAAAAAAUUCAAAUAAUUUUUUUAAUAGCACAGUUAGUUAGAGCUAAUUUCAAAUAAAAAAAUGAAACCAGAAUCAACUUUUUAGCUUAAGUACUUUUUGAGCUAUGAAUUUUUAAAGUGUGAGUUCGUUUGGUAUUUUUUACUAUGGACGAAACCUCCACAUCUUGUGACCUCAUUCCGCUGAUCGCGUCAUGCGCAAUGACUAUAUACUUUAUAUAAGGCAACGCAUCGCCUUAUCACUAAAAUACUGUUUAGGGUCGACUGAGUUUAAACUUUCAACUUUGGCACAUGAAUAAUUAAUUAAAGCUUUCCCUGACCAAUGGUAUAGAAGUUUUUGCACACGGCAAACUCUUAUGAAUGAAACUCUGAGGUAGUACUACAAUACAGCCGUUAUGCAAGUGGCUGUGAAUGGUUGCCAACGACAACGUGUUGCACACGGUAAAUUCUGAUCAUUUAUAAUAUGGAUUCUACCGGGUUGUUAAAGCUCAAAUUAAAACAUUCCAGUUUAAAUGUCUUCAAAAUGCAUUUUGAAACACAAGUUAUCAAUUAUUUUGAUGUAGAUAGUGGUAAUAAAUUAAUAUUUCCUAAGUAUCGGCAACUUCCGCCAUUACAAAGGGGGCGUGGCCCACCCCAUGACGAAAUUAGGUUGAGCGAGCUGCAUGACCUGCUGCGAACGCGUAGAAACAUAGCGUCUCUCGUAAGACACUUAUCGCUGUGAAAAUUGGCAUACGUGUAGAUCAAUAGAUUCCCCAGAUGCAAAAAAAAUUUGGUAGUGACAAAUUUUUUCCUUCGACUUAAUUUUAAUGAUGAAAGUUGCCUUAUAUUUACCAAGGAUUUUCUCAAAGCUGACUGAUUGUAAAUGAAAAAGAAAUUGAUUAAAAUGUAGGCCAAGAUGUCUACCUAAUUAUAAGGCCGAAAACGGAACUCAAAUAUAUAUCGAAAGUACUAAUUUAAUAAUAAAUAGACACACACAUCGGAAAAUUAAAAACUCGGAUUUUUUGGCGCCGAUUGCGAAAUCCCAUACACAAAAAGUAGUAGUCUCCCUUGACUUACCGAAGUACCUAGCCAAUGCCUAUUUUGCCUAUAUCAUUAUUAUUAUAAUUUACAGGAUUUGUUAUUUUUAUAAUUAUAGAUUAAUAAAUGAAAGUAUAAAUUAUGUUUUAGAAAAGCAUUUUCAUAUUUAAAUUAUUAUUUUAAACUUAAGACAAGAUACUAUUUUAGAAGGAAAGUUAUUCUUAUAUAAAAAUAAAGAAGGUUAAGGCCACUAAGGGCAUAGCCAGAAAUAUAAUGACACGAAGAAAUUCAUUGUACAAUGAUCUAAUAUCUGCAAUAUCUUAGAAAGGGGUGAUGGGGGUGCUCAAAUCCAGGUGUACUCAUCUUAGAGCCACAGGGCCUGAAUUUUUAUUGUUAUUAAAUAACUUCCUUUAUUAUCUUUUUUUAAAUAAAGAUAUGGAGUUUACAGACAAUGAAAUUCGCGAAGAACUGGCACGCCUUGGCUACAAAGAUGUUCCUGAAGAAAAGUUAGCUGAAUUUAAGAAAGGUUUGAAGCUAAUAUUUUUAUAAAUUCUUUGGUUCAAAGCUUUCUAAUUUUAAUGAAAUGGUGUCGCUUAAAUUAAAAGAUUUUAUAUGCACUUACACUGUUGAUGUAGUAUUAGCUUUAUGUAGCAUCAAAUAUAAUAAGCAUUUUUUAAGGCUUUUCAUAUUGUUUUUUUAUUAUUAUAAUUCUUUUAUAUUUUAUUAUUGUUAGAUCUCAUCAAGUUGAUAAAUACUGAGCGGAGCAAGAGCAACUCUCUGAAUAGUAGUUCAGAUGAAGUACAAUAUGAUAACCGUGCACCUUCAACUCAGCAAAAAAUUAGUAAGUACAAUGUUGCUAAGCUAUUUCUUACUUGCAGGGCCAUGCUGAGGAAAAGCUGUGUCCUGGGGUGAAGACUGAAAUGCUGCCCACCAAUAUAUAGAAAAAAGUGCCAUCCAAGAAAGAUCAUAAAAAGACAAUUUCGGUGCCCCAUGUCUUUGAGAAGUACAUGGAAUUUUAUAGUUUUAUUCAUGCUAAGUGUCUGCCAUAAAGAUGAUAUUGGUACCCAGGAUGAGUGCUUUCUUCACACAGCCCUAGUUACUUGGAGGUAUUGGGUAAUGUACAUAUUUUCCUGAUGAUACAUAAAUACCAAAGUUUUAAAAUAUUCUUGUGUCAGAUUUAAUAAGGGUGUAGAGAUGGGAGUCCUUAUAUUUUGUUUGAAAUUUAUGAUACAUGUACACAAGCACUUAUAAUAAAUUUGUGGUACUUAGUAAACCUAUAUUUAGCUUUUGGGGCUUUUGAUAAAUGACAGCAUUAUUAUUAGAUUAUAUCAUUUAUUUUUCAGACUCUUCAUCUCAUAAAGGCAAUGAUAGAAAUAACCAAGGAAGCCCUUUAGCUGGAACAGUAAGGAGAUUUUUAUAUGGAUAAAUUUCAUUUUUAUUUAGAUUUUGAAUUUCAUGUUAAUUUUAAAAAAGUAAUAUUCAAAAAUGGUACAUUAUAUUUAAAUCCAGAGCUACAAGGAGGAUUGGCAAUAUAGAGGUGGUAGAGGUGAGACAUCCUACAAAUCUUUGAUGGAUAGAGGCAAUAGACCUACCUACCCCAGAUCCUACAGCUUGUAUGAAAUGCCAAUAGAUAUACAAAGAAUAGAAACGCCACCUCAGGAUGUCAACAACUGUUUAGAUGUGGACCAAUGCUCAGAAGCUGAAUCAGAAACAACAAAAAAUUUGAAAAGAAAAAUAUGCAGGUAACAGUAUUUAAUUGAAAUAAAAAAAGGGUACUUUUUGCUAUCAUAGGUAUACCAUUAAGUUUGAAGUCACUGAAUCACUCUACAUUAUCUCUAUAAUUUUCAGAUUUAUUAUUAACCCUUUUGAAUGGCAAAAAAGACGAAGGGUUGAUCCAUCUGCCCAAUAAAACAAGCCUUGAGAUUGGUCGGCUGGUCUUUACAGCAGCUAAUCAGAUUGCUUCUAGCAUUUCUUGCUAAUCUCUCCAUUUAAUGGCAACUUCUAGUGAUAGUUAACUGUAUUCUUUCAUUUUAUCCCAAAUGUCCCCAAUAAAUGCUUUAAAAAAUAUAUGACCUUGAAAUAUGCCAAAAGGAAUUAGCACCCCAGUGGUAAAUUUCUAUGUUUCUAUGUAGGACCAAUGAAGACUUUGAACAAUUAGAAAAAUCAAAAAAAAAUUCUAAGGGUAAAAUAUUGCAUGAAUAGUUGAUUCAAAUCAGGAUAUCUCAUUUGCUUAUUUAUAUAGUGUUAUAUUUGUAAAGUAAUUAGUUUAUUUUUUUAAUAACUUUUUUGCAAAAUUUAGUGCAGAGCUUUUAAAAAGGGCUCCAGUAUUAUUUAUAAAUUGUUCACAUUUACUUUAUUAACUUUAUUUGUUAUUAAAGUACUUAUUUAUUAAUUUAAUGAGCUGAAGCAAUGAAAAGCACUUAAAAAUUUAUUCAAUCUUUAAAACUUUAUAUAUUACACAACCUCUGAUUUAUAAGCUAUUUUCCUUUCCUCUUCUAGAAAAACAUCAAGUGGAGAGAGAGUUGUUGACGAAUCCUUUAGUAGUUCUGGCGUUGGUAAGUUCAAUGCUUAAACAAAUGUGAAACCUGUCCAUCUUAGUUCUUAUAUUAAUUGAUCAAAAUGUGUAAAAUUGAAAGAAGCUCCAGAAAGAGCACAGCUUUGAGUAGUGUAGCUAGACUAGUUUUUCUAUUACUUGUAGUGAUGCGGAAGGUUUGAAAAUGUUUGGGGUAGGCUUGCAGUUGUGUCACAAGAAUAUCAUAUAAAAAGUACAAAAACAGUACUUUGGACAUUUUAGCUAUUAAGUAUAAUCAUCUGAAGUGAUAUAACACAAAUAAAAUAUCCAUCAAAUCUAAUAUUUACUUUGAUGCUGCUCCUAAUAAACAUUUUGUAUCACUAUGUUUCUUAAUACUUUUAUGAUGUGUCAAAGAAUUUUUGUCAUCAGUUUUAAUGUCAAGAGAUUAAAAAAUGUUGAAAGCUGUUGUUGAUCUUGGCGGGUGAUAUUUCAGUAUGAACUUAAAAUUAUUUCAGAUCAACUUCCCAUUUAUAUUUGAUUAGUUUUAUUUGCUUGUUUUGAAUAUAAUUUUCCUUUUUGUACUCUACAGCUGGUAUAUACGAAAUAUAUGAAAAAAUAAAAAACCUUGCCAUGCGGGACUGUGAAUGUGGAAAAACAAGAUCUAUGUCUACUGUAUCAGAUGUUAGUGCGGUACCUAUUUCUAGUUUUUUGUUUAAAAAUUAUUUUAAAACAUUUUAUUUUUAAAAGGUGUAAAUCGUUCUAUGUUUAUUACUUCUUUUAAUGCCCCUUUGAUUAAAAUUUAUAUUUGUAUUGUAUGUAUUAAAAAGAUGGAUGUGUAGAGAAUUGAAUAAAAAAUUAAUUUUAUAAUUUUUUAAAAACUUUUCAGCCUCCAUAUCGCAUUAAAGGUGUUAAUAAAAAUCCAUCAGGUAUUUAUAUUUUUCCAGUAUAUUUCUCCUUGUAAUUAUAAUGUUUCCUUUUAUAAUAAUGUCAUAAAUGAUUACAACUGAGUAAUAUUUCACUUCAUUUUAUAAUAACUCUAUUUUCUAUUUCAGUAAUCAAAAUGGGGGAACCGCCUCAUACAAGAAAUUUAACUCGAACUGUCCCCUUUAAGCGGCAUCAGAUGUAUCAGAAAAUGUGGAAAGCUCAGCCAGCUAUUGGGGAUGAUUUUCGCCAUCGCAUGCGCAAAGAAGUGCAUUCUAAGAUGCUUCAAAAAGAUGAUAUAAAGGUAUUUAGAAAUGACUAAACCAAAAUAUUACUUAAUGAAAUCUUUGAUAAAAAGAAGUAAUUGAUCAGGCAUUUGAUUAUGCUUUUCUAUUGCAAAUGUAAUCAGCUUACAGCAAACUUCAACUUUUUCUUAGUGAGCACUUACAAAUUUAUUUAAUAAAUUUUUAAGUUAAACAUUUAUAUACCCGGUAUAUAUAAUUUAGAAGAUGGUGAAUUUCUUAAGCAGAAGUGUUUGUAUUUCAUUUUGUUGUCUUCUUUACAGGUGUUUCAUAAAGUGUUUGUGCCAAACCCUUAUGUUGUCCCAACAGAGAAGCCCCGCUAUGACUUACGAUGGAGUGUGCGCAAAGCUAACGCUUUAUAUGAGAUGCCUCCUCAUGGCUUCUACCAUGAAAUUUGAAACCUCAGUAACAUAGGAGAAAUAUAUUACAAUUUCCCUUUGUUCAAGACAUGCCAUUUAGGAAUUUAUUUAAGUCAUCACCCUACUUCUUUCUACUGGGACUUUGAAAAUGAAUUGUUUAUAUUAAUCAAUUAUACCUAUACAUAAUUUUUUUAAAAGGAUUAUUUUCAGCUGACAAAAUUUUGUAAACUAAAAAUGUCAUGUGUGUAUCAUAUAAAUAUUUAGCUAGUAUUUUCAUCCAUUAAUUAAGUCAUCUUUAAGAUCUACAAGUAGGAGUAAAAUUCUGUCUGGAAUGCUCUACAUACAAAUUAUUGCUAAAGUCACCCUUUUGGUGGGUUUUUUGUUAUGUCUUAUAUUUUUUAGAUCCUGCUGGCAAGUGUAAUUGAUGUUUGUAUUAAUAUUUUUAAAAAUAAUUUUAAGACUGUAAAUGUAGAUAAAAUAUUUUUAUUAACUGUAAUAAAACAAAGUCACUUGCCAAUUUUGUCCUUUGCUAUUUUACAGAUCAAUACAUAAUUAUACAAAAACAGUUCAAAACAUUAAAGGUUUAGUAAAUGGUUUUCUCAAAGUGCUGUCUUCUUUCGGCUUUGUUCUAAAAUCUUCUGGCCGUAGUCUGUUGACAAAUUUUGUUUCAACUCUGGUAGAAUGGAGCUCAUCUAGUAAUUUGCCUUCAAUUUUUUCAACUGCUGCUAAUGUAAGUACAAGCGUGUCAUGCUUCAACAUUGAGUAAACAUUCAAUCCUGUAACAAACAAAAUAAAAUGUAUUAUUUCAAAAUAUGCCAGUGAAUUUCAAUAUCUGGAAACUUUGAAAUGCAUUUGGAUGAUUUGGUAAAUGAUAUAAACCACUAUAUUAUGCAACUCGGUUGAUUACCUGUCUUGGCUUAGUUAUUUCUAAAUUUCAGUUUUUGGUGACACUUUUUUUUUACAUCUUGUUCAAUACAAACCAAUAGUCAUAAUGGUAGGCAUAAUAUUAGAUUUAUUUACAUCUGUCCCUUACAUACCAUAGGCAGGCAUAAGGUUAAAUCCACGUAUUUGGCUCACAGCUUCUGUUAUUUUCUCUGG